AUGUUUACAAAUACCGCCACAGAAGAAUCCAAUCUAUUAUUAUUAAAUAUGAAUACAAGAACAAAUAUGAAUACCAAAUCAGCAGCCGCCACAUUAAAGAAAAGUUUGAAAAAACAUCAACAAGUCGUAGGUGAACUUGUCCUUGACAACUUUGUCAAACAAGAAUCUCCUGCUCUUGCUGAAUUAGCUCUAUGCAAUGCCAACAUUUCUCCAAAUUCAGCCUACCAAGAAAUUGAUAGUGCUAUUGUAGAUGCUUUUUUCUCUUCAAGCACAGAAAAUACUCCAAUGUUCGCUUUCGAAGCUUUGGAAUCUAAUCCAAAAAAUUGGACUCCUUUAUUUGAUAACGACAUUGCUGUUACCGCCGAAGAUGUUAAUUCCGCAAGUACCGCUAUUGAAUCAAUUGCUGAUUCUCAGGAAUCUCUAAUCAAUAACGUCGCUGCAAUUGUUAUGCCAACUGCAACAACUGCGUUUUUACCAACUCCAGCUAUUGAAGAUUCAAAAAUCAGCACUAGUUUGAACAAGGUCUCAAAGCCAACCUCAACUAGCUUAAAUUCAAAAGUCGAUCAUUUAGGAAUCGUCAGUUAUAACCGUAAGCAACGUGCUGCGCCAUUAACUCCAAUCAUUCCUGAAUCUGAUGACCCAGUUUCUGUUAAGCGUGCAAGAAAUACCGAGGCCGCAAGACGUUCCCGUGCCAGAAAAGUUGAAAGAAUGAAUCAACUUGAAGACAAGGUUGAACAAUUAUUGUUGAGAAAUGCUGAAUUAGAAGAAGAAGUUAAAAGACUAAAUGGCUUACUAAGUCAGAAGUGA